UGGACGCGGCGGUGCAACUUCGAAGUUCGCCUCUAACUUCGUUUCCAAGUUCCGGAGUGCGACAGCGGCCACCCUCUGAUUUUUCCAGACAGCUGCUGCUCCGUGAAAAGGUGCAUGUCACGUCUUAGCGUUGUUGCCCCACGUACUGAAUUAUUGUUAACUAAUUGAAGUUUGACGGAGUUUAAGAAAACUUUUCCGAGAAGAGACGUGGCAUGGCCGUUGCGAUCCUCUACGUUGCGCUCAUUCUGCCAGCUACCUUGCUACCGACGCUGGUAAUGAGCGAACUGGCGACCAACGCACCGUCGUGGGACGGCGUUUGGAACAACACCACGACGGCUGUGGCACCACCACCGGGGCCGAACCACACUUACCAGGACCCGACGUAUUACUCAGUCAACUACCGCAUCAUCGGCACCAUCUUCCAAGGCAUCAUAUUCAGCGUGGGCGUCUUGGGCAACAUUAUGGUGGUCAUCGUGGUGAUGCGCACGCGGAGCAUGCACACGCCCACGAACUGCUAUUUGGUCAGCCUGUCCGUGGCCGACUUCAUGGUCCUGGUCGCAUCGGUGCCGAACGAGAUCAUCUCCUACUACGUGCUAGGCGACGAGUGGAUCUGGGGGCGCGCCGGGUGCGCGCUCUUCAUCUUUCUCCAGUACCUGGGCAUCAAUGCGUCCUCUCUGUCCAUUACGGCCUUCACCGUGGAACGUUACAUCGCCAUCUGCUUACCCAUGAAGGCACAAACCAUGUGCACGGUCAAACGGGCCAAAAAGAUAAUACUGGGCGUGUGGCUGUUUGCCUGCUCCUACUGCUCCCCUUGGCUGGCCUUGACCACAACCACAGCCGUAUAUUACAAGGGACACGACAACAUAGAGACUUGCACGUUCGCGCUGUCCAGACACCACUAUCGCAGCUACUUCUUCGCUGACAUCAUACUGUUCUACGUCGUGCCGCUGCUUCUCUCGUGCGUCCUCUACGGACUCAUGGCCCGCGUCCUUUUCCAGUCCAACUUCAAUUCCAAGGCGAACGGCACCACGGACUCCAAGAAGAGCUCGAGUAACAGUAGCUCUAGGGUCCAGGUGGUAAAGAUGCUGUUCGUGGUGGUGGCCGUGUUUGCGACUCUCUGGCUGCCAUACCGGGUGCUCUUGGUUUACAACUCGUUCGCCGAGAAACGCUACAUGGAGCUGUGGUACCUCAUGUUCUGCAAGACCAUGAUAUUCAUCAACAGCGCCAUUAACCCAAUCCUGUACAACGCCAUGUCCAUCAAGUUUCGGCGCGCCUUCAAGCGCAUGCUCAGCUGUGGCGCCGCCCGCGGCUCUCGAGACAGCCGCGGCGGCACCGAACGCACCGUGGCAGGAACCUACUCGAGCGUCGUGGGAGGUGGCUCAGUGCGCCUCAAUCGCAGCACUUUCGUCGCUCCAGCUGGCAAGGGCAGCACAAGCAAGAACGCGCUGGUCGACACCAGUCACCAGCUGGUGUAAAAGGCGUGGGCGUGGUCUGGCAAUAGCCGCUGCGUCAGCUUCUCAGAGACGCACAGCAGCCGCCGUUGGCCUGUGCUUCAUUUUGAGCUCUUGCCCGAUUGUGUUGGCUGCACGUUGAUUGCAGGCCCCACAAAAGCCAUUCCAGCAUACACCACUGAAUAUAAUCAGGACAGCGACCGAGGAUGGAUUAACUACUCAGUCAUUUCCAGACGAAAUAGUUGGGGCGACGCAAGGAACCGGGAAACAAGGCUCCGUGCUUCUCCAGCACAAGUGUAACGUGUGUUUGUGUGCGCGCGAGUGUCUGGCUACCGACCCAGCUCCAGAACAACAGGUAGUUUGAGCUUUAAGGAUUGUGUUCACACAGGACCUAACAUUCGUACGUUGCUGUUGAUGCGCAGGGAUCAGGAAGAUCAUUUACUUUGCUGCGCAUUGUUUCUUGGAAACAUUAUGGAGAGCAUUCAUGAAACAGGGAAUGUGAUUAUAAGCUACACGGUGCAAAGCGCGCCUAAGGAGCGCAGAAUUAUGUAAGUGAACUUUUAGCUAUGUAUUUAGCUUCAUUGUUUGCUUCUCCUGCGACAUCAAACGCUUCAUGUACUCAAUACCCACCGUGGGCGCCUAGUACGACCAACAAGCAUUGCGUCGUGAGUGUCACCUGCUGCACCAUGUCGCACUGAUCCCCUCACCCUCAUUCAAACCCCAAUGUUAAAGAAAGCGCUCGGCACAUGUACAGAAAUGAAGUUACUGCGAAGAGGCAGACAGACAGACAGAGAGAGAGAGGAAGAAGGGGCAUGUAGGCUGAUAGAAUGUGGUACGCUUAGCCCCGUAUAUGUCGUGCAGCAGGAGUCUGCAAAAUUUUUUUAUAUAUCAUUCUAUACAAUCACCAGAUAGUAGCACUGGCACAUGGUCGUACAUGGGCCAGCGACGUGAUAUCUGUAGCUGUCCCCGGUUAGAAUGGCCGACAGGCACAACAAUAUGUGCUUGAGUUUCCGUGUCUUCGAAACACCCUUCCCAAGUCAUCCUUCCGAGUUGCAGAUCCCCAAUGUGGACGCCACCAGUGCUUCAGCUCUGCAAGCGAUGACAUUGCUCAGAAUUUGCCUCAAAAACUGUGUGUCCUGCACAGACUUAUCUGUCGGAUGCGUCAAAUUGUGGGUGCAUAUUUGUCGCGAGUAGCCACUCCUGCUCACCCUCAUUUUAUUUUUGUGCGUUGAAGUAUAACGCCGCUUGUGUGCAGUAUAUGACAGCUACUUGCGCGCACGCUGCUCAAGAUGCAGGAAAUCACUAAGGGAACUGCUUGUUAAUCGCUUCCCGUCAUUUUAUUCUCCCAGGUAUCACGCACUGGAUGUUUCUUAGAUAGUUGUCUAUUCACUGUAAGAUGUGUGUGUAUCAUUAACCAUAUUAAAAACAUGUUUAGCGCAGCGAUUUACGUGGAUUUGCUAAAACUUCACAUUACUGUGGCUGUUACAAUAUCUUGUCAUUUUGAAGCAAAACAAAAAAUGCAACGUCCACUUGCGUUAGAAUUUCAGUCACUUACUUCUGCGUGACUAUCUAUGUUUUACCAGGGACAGCAACCCGAAUCCUGCUAAAGGAUAUGCCAAAAGGUAAAAAAAAAUUGUAUCUGGUAUUCACGCCACAAAUGUUAUGCGCGGUUUUGAAUACAGCAUGCUCCUAUGGCACCAAAACAGUGGCCACCCCACAUGAAAAAGUUCUCAGCAAUCUUGAAUGACAGGGUAAAUGAGAAUGUCCAACCUUGAGUUUAAUUGCAGCGCUCCGAAAUGUAUUCAUCUAUUUCUUUUAUUUUAAACGUUUCUCGUUUCGUGUAGAUAGGAUGCUUCACAUGAGUGCAUGGAAUAACUUGCUGGAGUGCGCAGAUAUUUUCUACAUGUAUCCCGUCACGUUUGUGAGCUGCUACGUGUUUCCAAAGGUCAGUGCUCUGUGAAAGAUAUCAGUGGCAUUGUUGAACCACUCUGUCAACUUGUUAUGUGCUUUUGAACCUAUUCUUGGUGUUGUGGCGAUGAUGAAUUGAUGAUGUAGAGGAUACCUUCACUGACACACUGACAAUGACACACGCUUCUGAGAGAUAUUGUUGCCAUCAGGUGGCAUAUUUACAACUGAAGAAGAGCUCGUGACAGCGCUCACUAGUAGUUUUUGCCAUGUAUUUGCGUCUUGCAUGUAGGUGCUUCGUAAUCUCUUCCUGUGUGAGAGUUAAGUAUAUAGGUGUAUACACACACACACACACGCACACACCACACACACACACACACAUAUAUAUAUACAUAUACAUAUAUUUACAUAAUAUAACCUGCUGUUGUACCCUAUGUAUAUAUCGAACACUUACACAUACGCGCAUUGUAUGGUGCAAAAAUAGAAUAAGCAAGCUUUAGACAGCCGUUCGAUUUUCUCUCCGAGAUAAAUAUAAAAAGAAGAUUCAACGACUCUGCAACUUUAGCAAAGACAAUUAUUCUAUAUAGCUACAUAAGUACAUGCGUUUGUUUUAGAAAGUGUUCAACGACACAAAGCAAAAUUUGUGUAUAGGGUAACGUUCUGUCUCUAGAUAUAACCUUAUCGAUCUAUAUCGAGCAGUGUAGGAGGAAUUAUGGCAGUAUUUGAUUAUCCCAGUAAAUAUAAAAAGCAGGGGUUCUUUUUUUAUCGUUAGGAAACUUGUUGCCCUACAUAUCUCUUCCCGUAUAAAGAACCUCCCAUAGGCUGGACACAGUCUUUUCUAAUGACUACCAUUCAAAACAUCCGACAUUUUUUCCAGAGAAAAAAGCAUUGAUCCUAAUAACUGACAGCGUAAUUGUCUACGCGCCAGAUGUUUUCAAGAUUGUAGUGUUUCAAGAACACAAACGUACCUGUUAUCUUCCAAAUGCGUGGAAGUACACCUUCAAAUGCAACUGCUUAUCAAACUUAGUCACUGAUAUAUUUUGUAAUUCUGAAUAUUUAUAUGUCUAGCAGGCACCGACAAAAAAUGUUCCAACAACAUUAACUUCGUAAGUAUGAAAUUCACCAGCGGAGCUUGCAGUAGAGCGCAAUCAAAGCAAUCUGACACAGCUGUGCACGGCUAUCGUCAUUAACUGUUUUGCUACAUGUCGCAAAUUACCAUGUAAGACGUAACAGGACUUGUUAUUACUUGUCGUGUACCGCAUGUCGUGUUUUAGUGAAAUGUGUUUCCCUGAAAGAACCAAUUUGUCAUAUCUGUCCACUGUCUUUGCAAAAUGGCUUUUCCUUCAAAUUGUUGUCUGCGACUUUCUAAUGACGCUUAUGGUAUAAAUGUCGCACCUCAGGAGAGCAAAACUUUAUUCAAUAAUUGUUGAAUAACGGGCGGCUUCCUAAAGUGUAAAAUAUGCUUAUGGCUGCGACGGAAAUGCGCCACAGUAAAGCAUCGAUGAACUUUCAGAACAUUCGUUUCUGCCGUCAGGGUCCGCAUUGCUUGAGGUUAACAGUAAUAUAAGUAAACGUUGCACAUAUAUGGGGGGUUAGAAAAUUUUCAAAGUAGAUUUCCUGUUAAUAAAAAUUUUUCUUGUAGUUGUCACUGUUCUUGACAGUGACAUCUGAGAUAAAAUGUUGAAGUUGUAGUUCUUUCUGUGAUGGUACCUUAGUUCGAUAUGAGCUUAGCUCAUUUCGAGAAGCAUAAAACAAAAGCUUGUGUUUUUUUUAUUCUAGAACGUUUUACGUUUAGGCAAACAUUUCAAUAAGAAGUUAGUUAUCUUCGUUAUUGUUAAGAGCAACAAACAGUGCUCGUUGCUGUUCGCAAAAUUGGUUUCGUGCGCAGCUCUAAAAGACCAAGGGAACUCAAAAGCGUGCCGAUUUUAAGAGUACUCUCUAUAAACAGCUGAACCCUUUGGGGCGUAUAUAUUCGCCAAACAACUAUAAUUGCCAUCUGUCUUGCCCGCAUUUCCUUUCUUUAACGCUGCGAGCCCGGUACUUCCAAGUCACGAACGGCAUGCGCGUUAUCAACAUGACAGACACAUUCUCGACAGGAAAGUAACGAGCACUGCAUUUUCAAGAAAGAAAACAAAAGCAUGACAGGUGACUAUUAUUGUGUGGGAAAUAUACACCCCAAAGGGUGCGCCUUUCUUUAGAGCAUAAUAUGGGCUCAAAAGGCUUCAGAUUAAUUCCAAGUGUAUAUUCUAGUGCCAUAAAAGGCCAGUGGCACGUGUUAAGGUUAUUUCGACAAAAAUGCACAAUAAUAUAUACCAGUGAUCGUGAAGUCGGAUGCUUGUUCGUGCAGUAUUUCUUCUCUGAAAAAAGACCAAAUCUAGAUGUCAUUAUGUGCUGCAACACAUGUAUCCAAUAGCAUCUAUAAUAUAGAAGUUUUAACAAGGUUCUUUAAGAAAGUAAAAAGGAUCAUGUAUGAUCAUAAUAAGGACACUUAGUUGUUGAAUAUGGGAGUGAAGGUGAUUUGUGUUUCUUUUAUCCGGGUCAUGCAGAUAAUUGGAGUUAUAAGUCAUUGCUUACAGCCUUUGUAGUGAAAUGACACGUCAAAUCAUUCUAGUCAAGAAGGCGGGAAAAGUGCGUGUAAUGUAAUGUGUAAUAUGUUAACCCUUUAAUGACGGCACAUAUAUAUACACAAGAAGAUGUUUGUUUUGUAUCUAAAUGUGCAAAACACAUGAAAAAUAAGCAUAAUAAGCGAAAAGAAAAAUAUUUUGCGGAGACGUUUUUAGCAAUAGGCCAAAAAGAAACUCAGGCAUAAAAUCAGAAUUUGGCUUCACCCGAGCUACUUCUCGCUUCGUUUGGAUAUUGCACUAACAGCUGUCAUCAUAUGUGAAGAAUAGGUUUACAUUUCAUUUGCUUUACAACACGCUUGUAACACCACUACAAGCGAAGAUUUUGCAGCGGUCUGUCUCCUCUGACCGGGCUUUCAAAAGAGGGCGUUUUGGAGUGACGAACUUCUACCUUGUUCUGUGUUCCUGAUUUAAAGCCACAAAUGAUGAUUGCUGCCUGUCAUUCAGUUCUGGUCGAAGUUUAGCCAGAAACUUUGUACUCAAAUCCUAAAUUCAGCAAGAAAACAAGUUUGCCUGUAGACAACAUUCGUCGAUAAAGGGUUAACAUUAUUCUUUUAAAAAAUCGAGGAGGGCGGGGGUUGUUGCAGUGUUUUGGCUGCAAAGUGAGAAGAGAUAUACCCACUUCGUAACAAAGCUUUAAUCCACGUCACGCGAUCCUUUGUCAUCUAACUGUUGCCAUUUACUGUUUACUGUGUUAUCUGCGCAUGCUAAGUGUCAAUAAAGUGUGUGGUCUGCAAA